AUGUUAGCCAUAGACUGUCUGGUUGGUGGUCUGCUGCUCGGUUCGCUCGGUGUGAACACGCUGGCACUUGGUGCGUUCUGGACGACGCCAAGUCUACGCACCACCGCCAACCGGUUCGUGAUCAACCUGCUGAUAGUGAAUCUCGUCUGCUGCUUCAUCCUCGGUCCGUCGCUGUUCCUGAAUGCGUUCACCGGUAAGACACCGCUGCCGACGCCACUGCCGGCAGCGGCGGCCGAGCUACCAUCGACAACGGCCGCACAAUACGAUACGGCCGGCGGCGAGUAUGGUACCAGCGCCGCGACGGUGGCACUGUUCCAGCGUGGCGAUGCGCCAGCUCCAACGAUAGCCCAACCAAAUCGGACCCGCAUCGUGCGGUGCCCCAAGAAUGGCACCAUGGGCAGCGUUGAGGAUGGUGGUGCCAGUAAUUGUGAUAGGACGGGAGAUGAGGGGGGAGGGACGCCGGUGGAAGAGGAGGAAGAAACGCCCUUCAUCCGGACGACUCCGGUACACCCGGGGCAGAACAAUGCGCUACAUCCCAACCUGACCCUCACGAAGAUCCGUUGCUGGGGGUUGGAUUUAGUGGUGGCGCUCGGAGCACUCUCGGUGCUUCUGGUGGUCGGUGACACCUGGUGUGCUAUCACCGACCCACUGCGCUAUCACUCUCGCAUCUCGGAGCUGAAGGCAUGGGCAUUCAUCAUCGCCAGCUGGGCGCUGGGGAUCGCGUUCGGUAUCGCGUCCGGGUUUCGCGGAGAUCAGAAGUACGUUACACUGUUCAAGAACCGGCUCACGGCGGAAGAGGUGGCCGCCAUCGAAUCUAGUCACUGGGCCCGCAACCAGACCGGUACGAACGGUGCGGCCAGUUUGCCCAACACCGACGGUUUCAUCAACCACCUGAACAUCUCGGAGGAUCUGUACAAUACGAUCUUCUCGUACGCGUACUUUGUGAUCGUCAUACUGAUCCCGUUCGCGCUCGUGUGCGCCAUGUACUGGCGCAUCUUCUCGGAAGCGCGAGAAAGUGGUCAGCGGAUGCGGCAGAACGGUUCGUCGCCGUUGUUACAGAGCGCACUCAAUCUGGUCUCGGCACAAAAGCAUGCCGCUGCCGAGAAGCAGCUGAUGCUCGAACAGGCACAACAACAGCCCCCGCAACAUCCGGCGAUACAGCCGAUGCCAAGCAUUCCGGAACGACCGGGCGAGAAGGCAGAUUGUGACGGUCUUACCAUGAAGAUCGACAAACAGAUCCACUACGAGGACGAAACGAUCACGAUCAGCAGUAUACCGCAUCACCAUCACCAUCAGCAGAGGGAUUCCUGCCUGAAGCCGCUGCUCCAACAGUCACCGGCUCCAACUCCGACGCACAAACCAACCCCAUCACACCAGCACGAUCCCUCACUAGAUCGGCCCGACCGAAGUCCACAGGUGGUUCAAAUCGCCACGCCAACUUCGGCAGCCGUGCCGGCCCAGCCGAGUGUGCUCAAGUCGCCACUGCGACACGAUCGCAACCACAACAGUAUUCUGAUGCAGCAGCUCCCGGCGGAGAGCAGUGCGAGCGGACCGAUCCCAACACAUCCGGGAUCGCCGGCACCGACGGGUCUGGGAAAGGUGCGCCGCAACCACAGCGCGGGUCGGUUGGUCAGCUUUAGCCAGGAGGAACCAUCCGAGAUCCCGAUCGGUGGACUGCGGCAGGUUCAUUCGACGCCCAACUUCCAGAAGUACAGUGCCGGGGAGUUCGAAAACCUCGGCACGCAUCACAUCCUGUCGCUACCAGCCGUACACGUGCCGCCAAAAGCGCUCAGUUACAUGACGUCCAUCCGACACCGGUUGUCGAAUGCGUCGUCGCUGUUCAAAUACCGGGAAGAGUCCCGGGCCGCCCGGAUAAGCAUCCUGGUGAUCAUCAUGUUCCUCGUGUCGUACCUACCGUACGGUAUUCUGGUGCUGAUGCAGGGUCACGUCGAUCUGAUCAUCGUGUCCGAUCAGGCACUGCUAGCGAUCUUCACCGUGGUGAUCGCGAACCUCAGCUCCCCGUUCAUCUUCGCCUAUCGCAACAAGCGGGUGCGACGCGGUGUUAAGCGGCUGCUCGGGAUCGACAAGAAGACGAACGAGCGGCUCCAGAAGCUGACCACCAGCAACACACACUUCAACAACCAUCCAGCCGUGCAGCAACAGCAGCAGCAACAGCAGCAUCUCGGUAACUACGGUGCAAACAUUACGAUGGCCAAUGCCGUCGGACCGGAGGAUGACGUGCCGGAGGUGGUAACCGGUGGUGGCAGUGGCCACAAAUCUUCGCACAAGGUGCGCAUCGCCGGUGCCGGCAGUGUCGGUGGCGGACUGACGCGCAGCAAUAGUUCGUGCAAGUAUCUCACGCCAAAUCACGCGGCGGCCGUGGCCGUGGCGAACGGGUACAUAGUCGAGUUCGAGCGGUAUCCCUCCGACGAGCUCAAUAGUCUCUGCAUACAGAAGAAAUCGAUACUGAAACGGGUCUGUGAUAGUUCGCGUAAGUGGGGCUGCAACUUCGCCACCAAUUCCUGCACCAGCAACGACGAGCAGACGGAGGUAUAG